AUGAUCCUCGCUACCCAGUUGUCAUUCAAGUCAUCUCACAUCUAUUGAAUACCACUCUUCAGUCGCCUACCGGUUUUCGCCAUGGCUAUCACUGAUAUGUUUCGUGCAAGGGCAUUGCAACCUGCUGUGGAGAAAACUGAAGUCUUAGAGCAUGUUCGUGAGACGCCGGUAGAGAUAACCACCAAGACUUGGUGGAAGCGACGUGCUCCUGUCAUUGCUUGCGGAUCUGGACUCUUCUCCGACGGUUAUUUGAACGGCGUCAUCGGGUCGGUCAACACUAUUCUUAAGAAGCUGUACAAGCAGGAAUACAAGCAUAGCAGUGCUCAGAGUAAUAUCACGUCGCUGGUUUUUGCUGGCGAAGUGGUUGGCAUCAUCAUCUUUGGUUACACCUCCGACCGCUUCUCUCGCAAGUGGUCUAUCUUCGCCUCUACCGUUAUUCUGUUCAUCUUCGCUGCGCUUGCCGCAGGCUCUUAUGGAGCUCACGGAAGCAUCAACGGCAUGCUUUCUGCUCUUGCCGCGUACCGCUUCCUUCUCGGCAUUGGUAUCGGUGGUGAAUAUCCUGCCGGAUCAGUUGGAUGUUCCGAGAGCACUGGCGAGCUGGAGUCGGGUUCUCGCAACCGUUGGUUCAUCUGGUUUACGAAUCUCGCAAUCGAUGCAGGUUUUGUCGUCGCUGCUUUCGUACCUAUGGUGGUGGUACUUGCUACUGGAGAAGAUCAUCUUCGUGCUGCAUGGCGCAUCAUGCUUGGUAUUGGCGUCAUUCCUCCUCUUUCUCUUUUCUACAUGCGAUGGAAGUUGCAAGAGCCCGAGGCCUUCAAGAGAAACACCAUGGCCAAAUGCAAUACACCAUGGAGACUGAUCAUGAAGAAGUAUUGGUUCCGUCUACUUGUUGUCUCCACUAUCUGGUUCAUUUACGACUACUCAUCGUACGCUUUUGGAACUUAUUCUGCUCCGAGUGUUGACAAUGUCCUCGGCGCUGAUGCGCCCUUGUGGAAGACCUUCGGCUGGAACACCGUCAUCAACCUCUUCUACAUCCCUGGCGCCUUCGCUGGCUCCUUCGUCUCAGAUUGGAUCGGUCCCAGAAAAGCCCUUGCAUACGGGGUUACAGCGCAGGCCGUGGUCGGUUUCAUCAUGGCUGGCUGCUAUGAGAAGCUUGCUGUGCCAAAGAAUAUUGGUGGGUUUUGUGUCGUCUAUGGCAUCUUCUUGUCGCUCGGAGAGCUCGGUCCCGGAGACAAUAUCGGCCUCAUCGCUUCCAAGACUUCCGCUACUGCCGUUCGCGGUCGCUACUAUGCGGUCGCUGCAGCAUUCGGCAAGAUUGGUGCUUUUAUAGGCAACUAUCUCUACCCCAUCUUAGUCGCAGAUGCUGGUGACAACGUUGUCAAGGGCAAUCAGUAUCCUUUUUGGGUCGCCUCAUCUCUCUGCAUCCUCAGCGCUUUCCUUGCAUUCUUCUGCUUGCCAGAGAUCGGUCAGGAUACUAUUGAUCAUGAAGAUGCCGCUUUCAAAAGCUAUUUAAUUGAGAACGACUGGGAUAUUUCACGUAUGGGACUUGCUGGUCACCAAGCUCCGAUCAGAUCCGACGAAGAGGUUUCGCGCCAAAGCUCAUAGAAGGGAGCAGAAUGAUGAAGAUGUGGAUGGUCAGAGUAUAUAGAGGUGGAGCCUAACAAGCUCUUGGCCGCUCGAACCAGGGAUGGGCAGCUAGUGGUACCUCGUGUCGCUGGUCUGUCUGUGACAUUCCACGCUCCCGCUGAACCACCAUUGCAAUGCCGAUCUCGAUACUUCGCUCAACCAGCUUCCAUCCAAGAAACCGUUUGAUCCUUCGUGACUACUAACACUGUGACAGACACUCACGGAUGCCACUUUCAGCCUUCGAAACUCCCUUCCCUGACAGAUCGUGACUGUCCUCGUCUCCCUGUGCAAUCUCGAUAGUGAAUCUAAAAAACUGUCCGUCACGAAGUCGCGAUGUAGCCAGUCGCUCCAGUGAUGAGUAUCUGAGUCAUUGCUGUACGCAAUUCAGGUGUCGAAGUGAGGGAAACAGUAUUGACAAAGCUGUUGCUAAUAGUGUAUGUGUAUCAAGAGCUGAUCCAUGUAUGAUA